AGAAUUCCAUGUAUUUACAAAUACAAACAUUUACAUGUAUUAUUUAAUCAAAAAAUAAGUUUUUGUUGGUAGGUCUAAAGCGACGAUUUUAGUUGCCUUACUAUUGAACCGGUCCUGAUUUAAGAUCGGUCAAAUUACGUUUUCAUUAAAUCAUUUAAAUCAUUGAUUUAAAAUCAAACCGUCAAAAUCAGUUAGUUUGUCACACAUUUAAUGUAUAAGAACCCAAAUCUAUUUUAUCUAUUCACCAACUUAUGUAUGCUCUUUUUUAUUGAAAAAUAGAAGAAAAAAACUUAUACAUGCUUUCCAUUAAAAGCAUGCCAAAUGGGCAAUUUGACACAUCAUUGGUUAUGGACAGACAAAAUUGAAGGGAGACCUGGCUUCUUCAUGUCAAACUCUUUAUGAUUACAAGUGCCUAAUUUUCAAAAAGUUGCUUUACACAUUUUCCAUUUUCUUAUGAUUAUCAAUUCUAUGAUCUUUCUUCUUGGUCUUGGUCUUUUACAUAUAUUUCAAACUAGAUCAUUUACCUGAAUAGUGUUGAAAGUGAAGUUGUGAAUAGUUAAAAUGAACAAAGUUUGCAUUAUUGCUUAUGAUGUACAAAUACAUUUCAGUGUUUGAAGAUUGUAUCUAUGUUCAUCCUCAUACAUCACAAUACUACUCAGAAUCACUGUGCUUAAAUUUUCAACAUCAAUUUGUAACAGUAUAUGAUGAAAUCUCUGAUUAUAGCUGUUUCCAUAACCAUAUGCUUCAUUGCUUUUGUCAUAUCUAAGAUUUUCAUCUCAAUACUCCUCUACAAAAGAUGGAGAAGAAAGCAUAUGAUCUAUGAAGAAGGUUAUACAGGAGGGAAGAUGGUGAUAUUUAGGUCUUCAAUCCUUAAAUCUUUAACAACUGAUAUGGUGUUAAAGAAGACACAGAAACUGAACAACAAAGACAUCAUUGGUUCUGGUGGUUAUGGUGUGGUUUACGAACUAAAACUUGACGAUUCCGCGGCCUUUGCUGUGAAAAGGUUGAACCGCGGAACUGCUGAGAGAGAUAAAUGUUUCGAGAGAGAGUUGCAAGCAAUGGCAGACAUAAAACACCGCAAUGUUGUGGCUCUUCAUGGAUAUUACACUGCACCACACUACAAUCUUCUCAUAUAUGAGUUAAUGCCUAAUGGAAGUUUAGAUUCCUUUUUGCAUGGAAGAUCAAUGAACAAGAAGAUUUUGGAUUGGCCAACAAGACAAAGAAUAGCUUUAGGUGCAGCUAGAGGAAUAUCAUAUCUUCACCAUGAUUGUAUCCCUCACAUUAUCCACAGAGACAUCAAGUCAAGUAAUAUAUUGUUGGAUCAAAAUAUGGAAGCCCGAGUUUCGGAUUUCGGAUUAGCCACAUUGAUGGAACCAAACAAAACUCAUGUUUCAACAAUUGUUGCUGGAACUUUUGGAUACUUGGCUCCCGAAUAUUUCGAUACAGGAAGAGCAACAGUCAAAGGGGAUGUUUACAGUUUUGGAGUUGUGUUACUGGAGCUUUUAACUGGAAAGAAACCUAGUGAUGAAUCAUUCAUGGAAGAGGGAACCAAGCUUGUCACAUGGGUGAAAGCUGUUGUUCAAGAGAGGAAGGAGGAGUUAGUUCUUGAUAGUAGUUUAGGGUCAUGUUGUCCAAUGCAUGAGGUCAACAAGGUGUUUAACAUUGCAAUGAUGUGUCUUGAACCAGACCCUUUGAACAGACCAACCAUGGCUGAGGUUGUCAACUUGCUCGAGAAAACACAGACAGAUAGAGUUGUUACAACAUCCUGAUGUUCAUUCAAAAUCCCUCAGCUAAAGCUUCUCAAGAACCAGCCGCGGCAGAGUUGGAACAAAUAUUAAUGUUUCGAGAAGCCAUAUUCAAUAACAGCAACAAUGACAAAGGCCUUUUUCCUCCUAAGUGGAAGAAAUCAUGCUCUAGAGCAGAAAAACUAAGAAAAGAAAAAUUACAGAAAUGUACGGUAAAAUAUGUGGGGAUUUUGAGAUAUAGAGAGAAGUUAAUAUGCAUUUCGAUAUGAUUACAUUGCAAUCAAGCAAGUUGAAUAUGUCAGGAUUAGGACGAGGCUAACAUAGAUGUAGCAUUGGUCUGCAAACAACAUGCAUGCAUACUACUGAGUACUGAUAACCGAACAAGUGUGUUUCUUUCUAACAGAAAUAAUACAUCCAAAUAGGUCAAGUAGACAUUCAAAGUUGUAUAUUA